GCUCCGUCAUCUGCCCGCAUGCAAAACCGUGCAGGGCUCGGCGGCUGCUGAGAGCAGGGCGCUGCAAGGGGAGAGGGGCGUCUGCGCGCUUGCAGAUCUCUCUUUCUCUGUCGAUCUCCGCCGCACUCGUUUUUCCAUUUCUUGCUUCUUCUCCAGCUGCAUUCCAGGUUUUCCUCCUCCCGGAGCCUCCCACCUCCUUUUCUCCUCCCCUCGAGGAGGCGGCGCCUCGUUUCAAGCUCUCUUUCUCCCUCUCCCCCUGGCUCUCCUGUUCUAUUAAAGGAAUGCUCUCCCCUCCACCCCAUCUCGCCAUCACCUUCUCGCCUUGAAAUUUAAAUGCAGUUUUGACCCCCCCCCCAAAAAAAAGAGAGAGACACAGAAGAAGGGCACUGACAUCAUCCUGCCUCGGAACUGAAAGCGAAGAAAACGAAGGCGAAGGGAUCUGCUUCUUAAUUUUUAACCAUUAUUGUUUCGUUUUGUUGUAACUCUCCAAGCUGCUGCGGGCAGGAGGCUGGAUCGCCGAGGGUGCGCGCUCAGUGCCCCUAGCGCAAGAUUUUUUUGUUUUAUUUUGCAGCGGGGGAUCGAGGUGGCAGCGAUGUUGGAGCAAGUGAAACGGGCAAAGACCUAAAGCAGGUUGAUCUACGAGCCAGCAACUGCCCCCCACCCCCCGCUCCUGCGCGGCUUGCUGUGGUUUUGAUUAACCUCUGGUAAGUUGAUUGCUUCACUUGGAGAGAAAAAAUAGCUACAGAGCUUUCGGAGCUGAUCCUUUUUUAAUUUGGGUUGUGUGGCUUUUUUUAUUUUUUUGGCGUCGAAUUUUAAGGCAUGGGAGUUGUAGGCAGGAGAAUGCGAUUUACAGAAAUGAGUGGAUUUGCUCUUCUUCCUUGUUGUGCUCUUCCCUGAAGAAUUAUAGUGAACUGGGGUUUUUUGUGUGUUUGUGUUGUUGUUUUUAAAAAAGAAACCCUCCAAGAUGUUGCAUUAAAAAAACAUUUUGACCUGAAGGAUUUUUUUUAAAAAAAAUUAAAAACAAUUUUAUUUAAUUUUUGUGAAGGGCAGUUUUCUUAAAGGAGUAAAAGUAGAAGUGGCUCUAUACAAACAUGGCAAAGAAUUCUGUGGAAGGGUCCAAGGAAGAUCUGAGCAAAGUGACGGAAGAGGACAUGUUGAGGUGCAGCAAGGAAGAGCUGGUGAAGAGGCUGAAGAAACUGGAGAGCGAAAAGAUGAACUUGAUGGUGGAGCACGGCAACUUGAUCAAGGACGUGAACCAGAGGCUCCAGAUUCACUUGCACGAGAUCAGGGGGCUGAAGGAAGUGAACCAAAAGCUCCAGGACGACAACCACGAACUGAGGGAGCUCUGCUGCUUCCUGGACGACGACCGGCAGAAGGGGAAAAAGCUGUCCAGGGAAUGGCAGAGGUUCGGGAGGCACACGGCCGGUGUGAUGUGGAAGGAGGUGGGGAUGUACCAGCAGAAGCUGAAGGAGCUGGAAGCCAAGCAGGACUCCCUCAUGAGGGAGAACAUGGAGCUGAAGGAGAUUGUCCUGAUGUUGGACGAGGAGAGGAACGGAGCGGGCUCUCGGAGUUCGAUAGACAGUCAAGCCAGCCUCACCAACCUGAACGGGGGCUCUGGAACCAGGGAUGUUGGCGAUGGGAGCAGUACCUCCAGCACUGGCAGUGCAGGGAGCCCAGACCAUCACCACCAUCUUCACCAUCACAAGCCUGUUGAGAACAAGGCCGGAGCUAUCCGGAGGUCGAUGGAUGACCUCUCUGCACCGCUUCACCACCGGAGCAUCCCUAAUGGACUGAAUGAUUCAUCUUCUAACUACAUCAGACAACUUGAAACAAAAGUCAAACUGCUAGAGGACGACAAUAAACUUCUCUCUCAGCAAUCAAGCUCUGGGGAUCUGAGGACUCUGAGGAAAGGGUUAUCCCCGUACCAUUCCGAGUCGCAGCUGUCGUCACUGCCGCAAUAUCAGGACGCCAUGCAGAAUGGCCCUGUCCGUAUGGCUCCUGAUCUUGCAGCGUCUCCUGCCAUGGGAUACGUCUCCAUAAACCAGAAACCUGAAGCUGUGGUGCAUGCUAUGAAGGUCCUUGAAGUCCAUGAGAAUUUGGACAGGCAAAUUCAAGAAAACUAUGAAGAAGACCUGAGUGAAAAGGAGAAAGCAAUUGUUCGUGAAAUGUGCAAUGUCGUCUGGCGGAAACUGGGGGAUGCAGCGAGCUCCAAACCAUCCAUCAGGCAACAUCUUUCCGGAAACCAGUUCAAAGGCCCGUUAUAAGCACCUCACGCAGCAAGGCUGGGAGAGGAAAGAGGAAGAGCAACAGGGACUUCUCUGCAUCUAGCUGCCAGGGUUAUCUUUUCCUACUCGCUCCCAUCUUUCUGUAACUGUUUAUAGUGUAAAUAAGGCAGCGUGGAAGGCUUUGCCUGCAGGCUGCGCUGAUCCAGAACAAUGUUAAAUGGGUUAAUAACUAUCCUCCAAUGGCCGAUUUGUGUCAUUUGUAUUGUAGUGACAACCUGCUUUGUUGUACGGUCAUAUGUAGAGAUACCUGAACCCAAAAGCAAGGGACCUUCCUCGCCUGGACAGUUUCCAGUCCGUUGCCAUUUUGCGAUCGCAAAUUUUGGUUGCGCCCCGGGGAGUUGAUUGGGAGGUCUUGCACAACACAACUGCUUCACUCCCCCGCCUCCCCCCAAAAAGAUUGGGCUAUUUGCCGUAAGGAAAGUGAUGGAGAAAUGCUUUGGAAAGUGCACUUUUUUGGUGCAACACCACCCUGCAAACAAAUCAGGACAAAUGCGCAAUAAAACAGGUCGCCCAAAAGCUCCCGCCCUUUCUUACUUUGCCCUGUUCACGGAGCUACAACCCCAGCUGCGUUGUUUUAGAAAUUAACAUGGAAUCCACAACACCAAAAGUAGCUCUGUGAUUUCUCUGUAGCCUUAUUAUUUUGGCAAUUGCCUGCUGAGAGUGAUAAGCUUUGCUAGAGAUCUUUGGUUGGUAUUAAAAUGCGCGCUUUGAGAAGCAAUCCCCGGCCUGCACAGCUGAAGACAUUGUGACUGACUUCAUGUUGCUAGGUCACAUGCCCCACCCCAAGCUGAAGUUCCCAAAUCCCGCAAGUCAUGGUGGCUGCUUUAGAUCAGGAAUGGGCAGAAGGUAGAUCUGCUGGGGUCUGAUCUCUGGCCGAUUUGCAGGGGCUUUUGACCGCCCAUUGUUUUAACAGUAGCAACAACACCUUACUUAGGCUGCCUGACACAAAGAAAGCUUUCGAAUUGGUUUUUUCUGUAAGCUCCGUUCAGUUCUAGUGCUGAGAACAGAUUCCUAGGCUCAGAGCAUGCUUGGAGGCACCACGUUCUUAUAUUCUCACUGUUAUCUGUUUUGCAUCAGAUAGAUAUUGCAGUUCUUGCAGAAAGCAAAAGAGCCCCAAUAAGCCUGAUGUCUCCUAUCUCUCUUGCAUAGCAGCUUCCGGGCGAGACACUCAUGCGAAGGAGACCCCCACUUGCAUAAACUUACAUUUUUUCAUGUUGCUGCAGCGGAAAUGCUGCAGCUUCCAAGCAAUAAUAGCAGGCACUUAAUGCAACGUUGACAUACGGCGUAUGGUAGGCUAGAGUGAUCAAGUGCUCAGGAGGGCCAGGCUCAGGUCUGGUGUCAAGGGUCACAAUCAAUGUCCAAUUGGCCGAGGCCCACACCCUAGCCAAGGUCCCACUGCCAAUUCUUGGGGUCUUGUGGCCUUCUUGCUGCCUGUUCCCCAGCGGUUUCUGAGUGAGCGAGGAGGAAAGGACUCUAACAUUUACACCAUGGGUAGGCAAACUAAGGCCUGGGCGCCAGAUCCAGCCCAAACGCCUUCUAAAUCUGGCCCGUGGACAGUCUGGGAACCAGCAUGUUUUUACAUGAGUAGAAUGUGUGCUUUUAUUUAAAAUGCAUCUCUGGGUUAUUUGUGGGGCAUAAGAAUUCGUUCUCCCCCCCUUCAAAUAUAGUCCGGUCCCCCCACAAGGUCUGAGGGACAGUGGACCGGCCCCCUGCUGAAAAAGUUUGCUGAUCCCUGAUUUACAUGCCUUUCUCUCUGUGUGUGCAGUGGUGCUGAUUUGCAUCCAAGGGAGAGGAAGGUGAAUUGGCAAGAGUGGCGGGAAGAAAGAGGAGGCGAGCCCGCUUAGAGAUGGAGCGCCACUAACAGCAUUUUACCCAAGGGCGCUGGCAUUGAGCAGGCUCCUAAUAGUUGCAUGGAAGAGACUCGUUCAGUAAGUGGCGCCCCCUGCCUGCAACCCCGCAAACCACUGCUAGGACGUGGAGAAAGUACUGAACUAGAUUCCUCAGUGUAAGGGCAGCAUCCCAUUCUCACCUGCCUAAACUCCCUCUUUCAUGCAACUCUGCAUCCGACAGUGAAAGGUACAGUUGCCUUGCCUACCUUUGCCUCACCCUCUAGUGGACAUGCUUCUGUCUCUGUUGUUGCUUUUGCUUAUCCAGACGUUAGCUCCAUGCCAGAAAGAAAGAAAAAAGAUUAUGUGUGAAGCAGUUCUUCAGUGUCCCCUCUUGCCUAUGCUUUACAGAACUGAAAAGAAAAUGCCACCCCUUCUCUCCAUUUUUUAAAUAUUUAUUUCAGCCUUGGCAUGACAUUGCAAAGAGUGUCUUCCUUCCUUUCUUUCUUUCUUUCUUUCUUUCUUUCUUUCUUCUCGCUGAAAUAAUGCGCAGAAUGGUGUUAUCUAAAAAUGUAAGCGGAGGAGCAGCCGUUUGUGUCGCACAAAGAAAAUGCUGUCUUUCAGAAGUGCUGCCUCCGCGGUUCAGCCAAUCGCCCGCAUCAAGUGUCUCUUGCUGCGUAUAAGGUGGAGGGGCCGCCGGUAUUCUAUUAUGACAAUGCAGCUCUUUUGUAACCUGCCAAAGACUUUGAUCGCUUUCUCCCUGUUUCAUCGCAUUUCUUGGUACAUCUUCUCAAAUUGUAUAGCUCAAGCAGAGCCAGAAGAGUGAGCUUCACACAUUGCUAGAAUACAACGCCCAUCACCCUGAACACUCACUGGCUAAGGCUGUGGGGAGUUGUAGUCCCAAUGGCAUGAUGUUGGCUCUCCCCAAGAAAGCAUAACAACUCACUAGUCGGCUUUGAAAUUCCACUUGUGUAAAAUAACCAACAGAAAGGGAGGUUUGGGGGGCUAAUGCUCACUCUUCAGAUAUUUGCGUUUUUCCAUUACCCUGAAGUUGCCAAACCUUCAGCCGUUGCAGAAGGUCUCAGAAAGAAUUUUGGCUAUUGUGCUGCUAGAUCUUUCUGUUUUUUAGGCCUGCUUCUCUUGGAUGCCACUAUUCAGGGUUUGUUCUUAUUGAGGACCCACAUAGAUCUGCAACCAAUAGAUAAACCGAAAAGAUUUGAGUCAAAGUUUUCCCAGUAUACCUCUCCAUUUGCAUUUCCACUUGAAUAUGUUCCAGCCUUUCUUGCCUUUGCACAUCCUUCUCAUACCCAGGUACUGGGCCUAUUUGGAUGUUGUUUAUGACCUGGGGCAUCCAGACGGUUGCUGGGAUUCAGUUGCAAACCAGCAAAUUCAGGUCGUGCAAGAUGGUGAGGUCUUGUGCGUCAAACAAACUCACUUCCUCAAAAGACGGUGCUGUUUGCAGUAAGGAAUGUGAUGGGGACAUGCUCUGGACUGUGUGGGAAAACACUCGUUUUGAAGCAUCAUUAUCUAACCUCCCCAGAAACAAAUCAGAAUAAAUGCCAGUGUUGACAA